CACCAUCACAAAACACGAAAACACGGUUAUUUUGACGAGACGUCGUUUUUUUGUUGCGUACUUUAUUUCACAAAAACGGAGAAUUGUACAUAAAGAAUCGAUAAAUAUUGUAUUUAAGGUGAAACACCGAAACUUUUUGUACAAAUGGAAAGAGAAAUUCGAAGAAAAACUGUAUAAAUUAAAGUAGAAAAUCGUGAAUGAAAAACUUUGUUGAUUACAACAAUAAAAGCAAAGAGGAAAAAAGCGUGUGCUGCAGCAGCUGCUUUGUUGCGCACACACACACACGCACGCACUCGUCCGCAGCCAGCCACAUUAAGACGGCGGCACACACACACAUGUACUCUUCUCACACCCUUGUCUUGUGUAUACAAAAUAGACGCUAUGAAAUUAAAGUGAAUGAAGUGGAGAACAGAAAAAAAAACUAAAAAAGAAAACAACACCAAAAUAAAUAAAUCAAACAAAACGUAAUUGGAAUUUGAAUUUUUCUAACAAACAUUUCUAUGAAAGCUAAAGCUUGAAUCAGUUUCAUUUCAAUUUCGAAACAGUGUUGGUCGAACAACAAUAAUAAUAACAACAACAACGGAGACUACAUCAAUACGGACAACGGCUGGUGGUGGUGAUGUUAUUCUCGUCUCGUAAGAAGAAGCAUUGGAUAUCGGAGCAGUUGUUGUUGUUGGUAUGAUGUGUUUCAUCGUCGCUCGUUGCUGAUACUUUUUAAGAUAUCGCCUCAAAUUCUUUGUGUGUGUCCCAAAAGCCGAUACUUUUCAAAGCCUCUGUUUUAAGGGAGGUUGUUACGCAUGCGAUUAAUGGCCGAAAAUGGAAACUUGAACAACAACAUUAUUAACAAUUACAACAAUACUACUAAUUUAAGACACAUCAAUAACACUGUGGCACCACCACACAGAGGAGAACUAAGGUCAAAUAAUUUCGAGGCAACAACAAUAACCCCGACAUUAACUAUUCUGGACCAAGGUCGCAGUGAAAGAGAUGCGACACAUUUUCGCUUGCGGGACGGGGCCACAGAAGCAUCAGAGUCGAUAACUUGUCUUAGCUGUGGAGAGGUUUUCAAGAGCACAUCCUUGCUACAGGUCUUUGAACACUAUUCGGAACGUGUUCACAUUCGCAAUUUUUCCAACUGCCUUUAUUGCCAGGGAAAGGUGUACUCGUACUAUCACAACCAAGGCCAAAGAGUAAAAUACUACCACAAUUGUCUGCGCUGGAAGAGGGGUGAAGAUCACUAGACAUGGAAUACGAAUACUACGAUGUGAUUCGUAGUGGAGGCAGUGAUGCGGAUGUGGUGUCAAUUGCUGAGCAACGAGAGAGUAUAAGUGCAGAAUCGGCUGAAUCCGAGUACUCGGAUAAUGGUGGCGGAUUCGAAGACGAUGGAAGCAGUAUUAGUUCGCGCAAUGCCAAUGGCAGUUCAGGUGGUUUUGGCAAACGUUGGUCCAAAUCAGAAGAUACUCUAUUGAAAACGCUAGUCGAACAGCAUGGUGAUCGAUGGGAUCUAAUUGCACCACAUUUCAAGGAUCGCACCGAGCCGCAGGUGCAGCAGCGUUGGGCCAAGGUUUUAAACCCAGAGCUAAUUAAGGGUCCCUGGACCAAGGAAGAAGAUGAUAAAGUGGUCGAGUUGGUAAGGCGUUUCGGUCCCAAAAAAUGGACCUUAAUUGCCCGUUAUCUCAAUGGACGCAUUGGCAAGCAAUGUCGUGAACGUUGGCACAAUCAUUUGAAUCCUAACAUAAAGAAAACGGCAUGGACGGAAGAGGAAGAUCGUAUUAUCUAUCAGGCCCACCUGCAGUGGGGUAAUCAAUGGGCCAAAAUAGCCCGGCUACUUCCUGGGCGUACAGAUAAUGCUAUUAAGAAUCACUGGAAUUCCACGAUGCGCAGAAAAUAUUAUGACAAUGAACGUAAAUCAAAUCGCCAGUGCACCGAUUUGAAGAGUUCACGUUCCCAUCUGAGAACGUUGAUUAAAUCUGGUGCUCCAAUAACAUUGAAUCCCGGUUUAGCUUUGUCCGCUCAAAUUUUACAAAGAGCUCAACAGGAUAGUAAUGCUGCAACAGCGGCGGCCGCUGCGUCAUCUCAAACGGAUAAGGUACAGGAGACGGUCAUAAAUCAACCUGUUAACACCCGUGCAGCGCCCAAUAUCCUAAAGAGGGGCAAAACGCAGCAUCAUCAGCGUAUGCAACAAACCAAUGCCGGCGAUGUUAAAUUACCCGAUUCACCGGUAAUGACACCCAUCAAACCGUUGCCUUUCUCGCCAAGUCAAUUCCUUAACUCUCCAUGUCUAACCACAUUUGAGGAUUUGACUUUCCGGGCCAGUACACCUGUUCACAAGAGUCACAAUAGAAUUAAUACUGAAACUAAAAAGGAGGUGGAAAGUUCCUCGAUUGAGACGCCGCAUAAAAGCUUCAUGGGACCCCGUACCCCAACACCCUUCAAAAAUGCACUGGCUGCUUUGGGUAAAAAACGUCGCGGUGAACGUUACAUUCCCCCAAGUCCAUCUAGUUUGGCUGAAGAUCUAGCCGAAAUCAUACACGAGGAACAGUUGAACGAUACAAAUCAAUCCAACAGAACAUCGGUGGCGAUUAAGAAAGAAAACAUUCCGGUGAACAGGACAGCCGGUGGUGGCACCAACUCCCAGUUGCCACCUCCAACGAAAAAGGCACGAAAAUCCCUCAUCACCAGUUGGGGUGAGAAUGUAAUGCCAAGUCAUAGUUACAGUGAUAUGAAACUGGAGAGGAAACCGCUGCCCUAUGAAACGGAAACACCCAGUAAAUUCUUAAUAUCGAGUGAUUCCAUAGCCUUCUCACCGUCAAGCAUUAUGAAGGACACUCUGUGCAGUGAGUCAGAUUUGCUACUGGAUGAUCCGCGAGAUGAUGAGGCUAAGAAGGAGAACAAGCCACAGCCGGACACUGUGGCACGUCAUCGCAAUCACCAUUACCUAGAUCCCAAAUGGGAAAAGUUGGCAUGCGGCCAGACCAAGGAUCAGCAAUAUAUGGUGCAGCAAGCCCAUGCAUGCUUAAAGAAUCUCGCCUUAAUGCCACGUUCGCUGAACUUUGAGAAACAAAAAUAAUCAGCACAUAACCAAAAUUAUGCGAAAACUAAACAUGGAUAUAUUUUACUUUUUUUGUAGAAUUAAAAUUGUAAUAUUACUGCUGUCGAAAAAUCGAGAAACAAAUUAUCAAAAUAUUUGGUAUUUCUAGUUUUAAGUCCAAAGAUUUUAUUUUUGUAUUGCAUAACUUUUGAAAAAAAAAAAAAAAAAACAAUUUCGUUGGAAUGAAAAAGAAGAAGAAAAUUUGUAUGGUAUACCUUUAGUUUAAGCUAAAAUUUAGAUUACAAUAUUAUAAAUUGGCCCCCACUCCCCCAUUUCAAAUUUUGUUACCAUAAUGGUUAUUAGAGUGAAUAUAAUAACUGCUCCUAAAUACUUUCUAAGCAAAACAAACAAAACUAUUUUUUUUUAACCUGAGUAUCCUCUCUAUACACAUACAUACAUACACACAUAUAUUGAAUGAAUAAAAUUGCUGCAUUGUAUAUUUUUUACUUUAAAUAAAUCAUAUAUUUGUAUUAUAAAA